AUGUACACCAGGUCUUUCCUUGGAAACGAUACCAAAGGUAAUAAGAAAAUAGUGUUUUAGGCUUCUCCUCUGUUUGGUGAGUGAUUCUUGAUUUUACCGAUUGAAUCUAUUUCUUGUUUCACAGGGAAAUCAGCCAGCGGUUUGUCCUCAGGUGCCAAAGCAGGUAUAGCAGUGACCGUGCUGUUAUUGGUAGGCCUGGGUUUUGGUACCGCAGCCUGGUGGUUCUACAAACAUAAAAAAGGGAAACAUUUGUUGGAUAAUCAACAGUUUAACAAUCCGGUUUAUUUCUCCUCCGAGAAUCAAGCGGUAGAUAGUAGCAAAAACGUUAAAGGCUAGAUAAUAGGAUUAUCCUAAAAGGGUGGAAUGAAAUAAGUCGGUAGAGAUUACAGCAUUUAAUAAUGUCCUUUGCUAUUUGUUCAUCAAAAGAUAGUAGAAAUAGUUGGCACCGGCCUUUUAAAAUGAUAUGAACCGUUUACCCAUGUACUUAAUAGAAGAUUUACAGUAAUUGAUUGAUGGAUUCAUUUGUAAAUUAUAGAUUAGUACCUAAAUUUUUUUUUAUUUAGCUAGGUUUCCUUUUAACAUUGUCACUGUCGUUGUUAAUAUAGGCCCUAUGUAAAAGUAAAAGCAAUAAUACAAAAAAAGCAGAAUUAAAGUGAAAGUGAAGAAAGAAACAAAGUGAAACAGAAAUUCUGCAACGAGACCUCAGAUUGACUUGACUAGUCAAUUUUCAUUGGCUCUGUAGUCGUCCCAAUAGUCCAGUUUUCAGUUCGUCGCGGCCUUUGAAUAGAAACACUGAAGACUUCAUUUGCACAGAGUUAGCCUUGAUCAAAGGUAAAUAUAUUCACAAAUUCUAAACCAGCAUAAAUGAAUCCUCAGUGCCUCUGGGCUUUUUUUUUUUUAAACGGUGAGAGCUGCCACCCAAUAAAGUGAAACAAAAAUUACCGUCCAACGGUUUAUAUUUGCAACGCUUAACGUAACGCGCGGGAGAUGCGUCAGGCAGGAAGAAAUAUGUCACCCUGCUCAUUGCACCUAUCCAUCAUUUAAGGAGCUUUCCAGGUCAAUAGGAGUACUAUUUUCCGAUGUGUCCGCAACGCCACGCGCAGAUCAUCAAUUCUAAAGAUCUGGUCUAAUGAAUCCAUGAGUAUAAUGGAUCUUUUAAAUGUAAAUUUGAUUUUGUAAAGACAUGAGCAUAACACCAUCUUAUUCCGUUUCCGAAGCACUAGUUCUACGACACCAAAUGCUGACAGCUCCUUAAUUGAGACAAUAAAGUUCAUGCUGCGGCGUCAUCCUGAGAGGCGAGCACGUAGUUGUUACAGGUCAAAAUUUAGUUCAGGUUAAAAUUUUUGACCUAGGUCGAUUCCCAAUUUCCUUUGUCUCCUAGCCCCAAUUCAUGAAUAACCAGGGCUAGGAAACAAAGGAAAUUGGGAAUCGACCUAGGUUAAAAAACAUUAACCUGAAUAUAAUUUUGACCUGUAACCACAUAUUCACUCACACCUUAAAACGGAGAUCGUAUGCAAGUGACUUUUACUCUUAAUAAUUAGCAGGGUAUGAAAAUCUUGAUUUCGGUCCUGCUAAACAUGCGGAGAGUAGUUACAUUAGAGGUAAAACGAAACGGGGUCAAUAA